AAUUAACUAUUUUGUUAAGACUGGAAUAAUUUGAGAGCAAUCCUAAAAAUUGCUUAACUAACAAGAUAUUUUUCUUUUAUAGAACAGAAAAGAUGUUCAAGACUUUUGACAUCUUGGUUAGAGUCCCCCAAACACAAACUAAUCCAAGAGUUCAUACUCUCGAGGAGAAUGGUAACAUGAAUGUAGUGGCGAUCGUGAUCCUGUCUCGGGGAAAGUGCGGCCUGUCUACCUGCACCACUCGCUACCUGGUUGCCAUGGCAGCGGCCGAUCUACUGACCGUUGUCACCGCGGUCAUUUUGUGGCGAAUCAAAUCCUAUUACUUCCAGUGGAGUUUUCUGGACAUCACCCCUGUGUGCCUUGUUAUCGAUGUACUGAGAUGCACAGCCACAAACUGUUCUGUCUGGUUCACCGUCACUUUCACCUUUGACCGGUUUGUCGUCAUUUGCUGUCAGAAGCUGAAAACAAAAUAUUGCACCGGGAAAACUGCGGCUGUGGUUCUAACAACAAUCGGCGUACUGUUCUGUCUGAAAAAUGUUCCCCGAUACUUCACACGGCAACCCAGGGUGAUCAUCGACAAUGUACCGUGGUUCUGUAAAGUGAUGGACAGUUAUUUCACUGACCCCAGGUGGGUAGGGUAUGACUGGUUCGAUACGGUUUUAAUUCCGUUCCUCCCUUUUGCUGGGAUCCUGCUGCCCAACGCUCUGACAGUCAGACACAUUUUAGUGGCCAGUCGGGUCCGUAAGGGGCUGAAGGGUCAGAGCAUGGGGGAGAACCGCAGUGACCCGGAGAUGGAGAGCAGGAGGAGGUCUGUGAUUUUACUCUUCACCCUCUCCGGCAGCUUCAUCCUCCUGUGGAUGACAUUGGUUGUAAAUUUCAUAUAUUAUCAUGUCUCAGGGGAAGGAUUCAGUUUCAAUGAUUCUGAAUGCAUCUUUAUCUACGUCGGGGUUUUGCUGAGUGAUUUCAGCUGCUGCACCAACACGUUUAUUUACGGAGUGACACAGUCAAAAUUCAGGGAACAGAUGAUCAGCGCGGUGAAAUAUUCUGUCCCCUCGGUGCUUCAUUUUAUUAAUAAAGCUGCGUCCUGAGCACAAGCCGGACGCGGCCACAAUUUCUCCAGUCCGGAGGCCAACUCCUCACAUUCACCGCCUGAUCUCGCAGUUGUUAUUCCGGGGCCGACUGUCCCUUUGACCAGCAGGUCUGGGACAUUAGGAUAGUGUGUUUCUGGGGAGGGGCAAAGCACUAUCCUGGACUCGCCAGAUGUCAGUCAACGAACUACUCUGAAAUGCCAGCCAUCCAUUGGUCUGGGAAUAUGUCCAUCUACUCCUAUUCCCACCCACCAACCUCACAGACCGACUUUCCCACAAGACAGCUGGUGUUCUAGUCUGAUGCUGGUUGGAUAAUCAAAUGUCAAACACACCAGUUUCCGCCUUACGCUUGAAUGAUUGGCUAACGUGCAUAUAAAUAGGGCCGGUAUUGGAUACAUUGUGGUUGGUACUCCAAAUUAAUGCACGUUCCCGCCACAAACUGGA